UAAACUAUGCAUAUAUCUCGACACCUAGAAAUCUAGAUCUUGACAAGGGUGUAGCUAUGAUGUUUUUAACGUAUGCAUUGCACGUUACAACUUUUCUCCGUGACUAUCUUAAGAGAAUCCAAAAUGGUGCUGGAAAGUACAAUAAUAUGCGUUGAUAACAGCGAUUAUAUGCGCAAUGGUGACUUUGUUCCCACUCGCAUGCAAGCUCAACAGGAUGCAGUCAACCUUGUUUGUAUGUCCAAAACACGAUCUAAUCCAGAAAAUAAUGUUGGGCUUUUAAAAAUGGCUCAGGCUGAAGUAUUAGUCACUUUAACUUCGGAUGUUGGUAGAAUUCUUGCCAAACUACAUCAAGUUCAGCCUUGCGGAGAAAUUAAUUUUUUAACUGCUGUCAGGGUGGCUCAUCUGGCAUUAAAACACAGACAAGGUCGUAACCAUAAACUUAGAAUAGUUGUUUUUGUUGGAAGCCCCAUUCAACUGGACGAAAAAGAGUUAGUGAAAGUAGCAAAAAGACUCAAAAAGGAGAAAGUCAAUGUUGAUGUAGUAAACUUUGGUGAAGAGAGUAUAAAUACAGAUAAAUUAACAGCAUUUGUGAAUGCUAUCAAUGGUAAAGAUGGCACCAGCUCUCACUUGGUGACCGUACCACCUGGACCAAUGUUGUCUGAUGCGCUUUUAUCUUCCCCUGUAAUAGUCGGAGAGGAUGGUACAGGUGCUAACAUGACAGGUGCUGGAUUCGAAUUUGGUGUUGAUCCUAAUGAAGAUCCUGAGUUGGCAUUGGCUUUAAGAGUGUCAAUGGAAGAGCAAAGAGCUCGUCAAGAACGAGAACUUAGAGAAAAUACAGGAACAACUGUUGGAGAAUCUGGAGCUUUAUCCGCUGCCUCUGUGGAUGAGGAAAUGCUAGAGAGAGCACUAGGAGCUUCCUUAAACCCGGAUGAAUCCUUGCCACAAUCUACCAACCCAACACCUCAAGCUGUGGAUUUUGCCUCAAUGUCUGAAGAAGAGCAAGUAGCUUAUGCUGUGAGACUUUCAAUGGAAAAUACAGGUGGAACAAGUAACUUAAAGGAGACGUCUCCUGCUCCUAUGGAAACCGAUAUUGCUGGGGAAUCUGUAUUAUCUGAUAAAAAGGAAGAUGAAGAAGAUUACUCUGAGGUAAUGAAUGAUCCAGAUUUUUUACAAAAUGUUUUCCAAAACUUACCGGGUGUGGAUCCCAAUAGUGAAGUCAUACAAAGUGCAAUGAGUAACCUUCUUAAAGAUACCAAAAAAGAUGACAAAAAAGAGGAUAAAAAGUGAUUUAUUGGCUAGUAGUGACUGGUACAGUCAGUUAUUUCACUCACUGCAAGAAUACCAGAAACAUGGAAUUCCAGAAAUAUGGAAUACCAGCUUCUAGGUCUGAACUAGAAUCUGUUUUCUUUUUUUAUUUAAAUUUGAAAUUAAAAAAUAUUCAAACAAAAA